CGAGUCCAUAGUGCUUCGGCACAGGCUGGUAAUUAUUGGCGUGGGGGAAAUCGUUGCCACUGACAGUUUUCGACGCCCCGCUGCCUGGUCAGACGAGGUGAUUCUGGCAUUCCUGUGAGCUCCUGUUGGAGCACUCCAGUCUUCAGAGAGUCCUUCGCCGAUGACAUAUGCUCCUGUUGACUCUUGGCGCCAGAAUGCGCCGUGGACAGGACAGCAGCAGUCAUGGGGACCGCAGUGCCCGCAGCGAGGAGUCUCGGUUCAGUCACCCUUCGCCCUCGCGGGCGCGGCCUCUUGGCACUCUGCCCUAGUCUCCUCGCCCUUCGCGAACACCAGAGAGGGCUCCCGUGGGAAGAAGUCUGUCAUGUGGGCGUGCAUCUUCUGCCCCUGCAAGAAGAACCGCCUGCAGUCCUCCGAUUGCAAGCGCUGUGGGAAGGAACGAGCUGGACCUGGGUUUCUGCCGCUGGCGCCGCGUCGAGGAGCGCGGGGCCCUCCGCACAAUGGCGCCGGUGGUCAUGUUCACCGUAGCACACCGGACACGUCCACCGAUGAGCUCAAGGGCCUGGCCUCCAUGCCCCAUAAGUGCGGGGACGCCACAGGUGCUGAUUGGUAUCAGUCAGUCCUCGACAAAAAGAAGUCAGCGACGCGAGGGCUUCCUCGUCAGCAGCGCAUCGCCACAGCGUCCAGCAGUAUCCGUAUAGGCGAGGCGAAACUGGACAAAGCCGCCAAGGUGUAUGAGGACAUGUCUUCUCCUCGUGCCGAGCAGCAGCGCUCCGUGGCCUCGUUAUCGAACGAAUUGGCAUCAGCUGGGCUGUUACACAAAUCCUUUCUUGGCAAGUUGCACGCGACAGUCGCAGCCCCAGUUGCCCCGCCCUCUCCCCCGAAGAAGUACGAAUGGUUUGUGCGUGAUCUGAUCGCGGGAGAAGUUGCCCAGACCCCCCUCGUAGUCGGUUGCUUGCAGACGGCGGCGCCGGCCUGGAGCUUGUCGGCAGAGGGCAGGCAGCAGGCGGAGGUGUUGGUGGAAUCUUUCAAGAGGGGGCCUCGAGGAGGCCACUACAUCGUUGUCCAAACAAGCUGUGCAGCCCCUCAGUGGCCUUACCUGAACGUCUCAGAGCUACACGUCGGCGGAUCGGCCUCCCUGCCGAUGGCGCAGCGCCUGCUGCUGGCGGAGGAGGCGCAAUGUCCGCCGUCGCAGCCUCGCGCCGACCCCGAGCCGUUGGCCGGCAGGCAGCGGCGAGCUCGGCGACGGCUGGCCCGCCAGCCGCUGGGCCGGGCCCCGUCGGCACGGCAUCCGUGGCUGCUCGCGCCGCCCUCCUCCUUUGCGCCGAGGCAGGCGACUGCUGGCCGGGAAAGUCGAGCGGCACUCUUUCAAGAGGGGA